AUGUCGAAUUAUGGAAUAGAAGGCGUAGUUCCGGAUUCAGCUGGAUUGAAGUCUCUAGCAACAGGGAUUGUCCUCCACCCACCUCUCCUGAAAUGCGCAGGUCGCGGGCCACCCCUCAUCCUUAUCACCGCAUCCAGUCUAUCUCUCCAACCCACGUCUGAUGUCCCUGAACCACCACAAAAAUGGGCCGAGGAGGGUUUCACUGUGGUCAAGAUCCAGAACAGUGUAUGUAGAGAGGUGAAUGAUGCCCAGAGAGCCUUCUCGGUAGCGGAGAGUGCGUUUGAGGAGUGCACAGCUUGCGAGGGAAGCAAGAUUGGAGUUCUUGUCUAUGGUUAUACCGUCUGGGAAACAGUAAAGGAAGUAGUAGCCUCGAAACCGAACAUUGUAGCGGCGGUUGUAUAUGCAGAUGCUUCGACACCAACGUCUGAAACGAUUACAAUUCCAAUCCUCUAUCAUGUAGCAGGAAAGGCCGAGAAGUUACAAAAGUCAAACGGAAGCACUAUACACGAAUACCCCAAGACCACAUCUCCUUAUUUCGCAUCCCCGGGCCAUGAUUUAUUCCACUAUUCCUCGGAAUCCGUGUCGCAUACGAGAAACUUGACGUUUCUAAAAAAGCAUAUGGGUGGUCCGUAUUUUGACCUAGAGGACAUUUGGGACCAGCAUACCUAUUUCGAGUUUGCGGAACGUUCGGUAGAGAAGACCAUGGGGACAAUGGUCGAAGAGCCAUAUGUCAACCACAUACCUACGGCAGGAGGCAUCGGACGGGGGCAUCUCUCACACUUCUACCGGCACCAUUUCAUCUUCAAUAAUCCCGAUGAUACGGAAUUGGAGCUUGUGAGCAGAACAGUGGGCAUUGAUCGGGUUAUCGACGAGUUCGUCUUUUCUUUUACACAUACCAAAGAGAUCGACUGGCUAUUACCUGGGGUCCCACCUACUGGAAAAGCAGUGAGAGUCCCAUUCACAUCAGUGGUAAACAUCCGAGGUGAUAGACUCUACCACGAGCAUAUUGCGUGGGACCAGGCUUCAGUAUUAGUCCAGCUAGGUCUGAUGCCCGAGUACUUGCCCUAUCCGUAUCCGUUAUCCGAUGGCACGAUACCUGGUAAGGGCAAAAGGUUUGAAUAUAAAGUGCCAGCUGCUGGUGCGGAUACCGCGAAGAAGAUACUGGAUAGGAAUAGUGUUCCCUCGAACGAAAUGUUUGGACAUAAGAUUCGGGAGGUGGAUAUAUGA